CUUCAGCUCAUAUCUAAAAAAAAAUGCGGUGUUCCCUCGUUUGCCCUCGUACGCCCGUCCAUCAAACACACACCCACCUUAAUCAUCCCUCCGAUCUCCUCCCAAAUCCGACCAUCUCUAGCGCCGAUAAUCUCCUCUCACCUCCUCCCAUCGUCGAUGUCGCACAGCAUCGCCGCCCCCAUCGUCGAUCUCAUACACACGAGUUUUUCACAGCUUCUAAUAUCGACUCCUACCACCAAGGUCAGACCUCCGAAGCCAAUCUCCAACAACACCACCUUCUUCAGUGCUGGUAUCCUCCCUCGACAGCGCCGGCGACCGCCACUGAACCUCCAUCACGCACUAGAAACCUAGCUGUGAUUUAUCUAACAGAUGCCAAGGCUAUAGCUCCUGAGAUUUGCAAAGGGGAUGUGCGAAUGCAUAAAUGGAUGACUCCAGGAGCACCGAGUCUUAUAAAGAGAAUUCUUGAUCCAAACCCGAAAAGGAUAACAAUGGCAUAUAUUAAAGUAGAUGAAUGGUUUAAACAAGAUUACACUCCUGCAAAACCUAAUGAAGAUGAAGUUUUGUCAAUACAAGAGAGGCUGUAGAAAAUCAAGAAUUACCUACCCAUGUCAAUGCUUUUUGAGCUCAUUGGAAUGUCUUGGAGCCUUGAUCUCUCGGGUUUCUUUGAGAAAGAAGUAAAGAUUUUGAUUCAAUUUUUAAUUUUUUUUUAAGUUUUGAAAAAAAUAUUGUACUUGAUACAAAGUUACAAACACUGUUUGACAUCAGAGGAUGUAUAAGUUAUGGUAGUUUGUAAAUUUGUUUAUAAAUCCUUGUUUAUGUCGUAGUUUUAGAAGAGUUAAAUGCAUAAUGUAAGAAUAAACUUGCAUUUUUAUGCAUAAUGUCAGAAUAAACUUGCUAAAUUUAGAUUUUAUAUGGU